UGGUCGUUUGCUUCACAUUUGUUUGGGGCGGAGAGCUGGAGAGUUCCUAUUGUUUGUGUGCAGUUGUUCAACUAGGUGGUCGACAAGUAACUUUUUAUCGACCUGGCAGAAUGCCUUCUAGGAAACCUGUAACAAGUGCUUCAAGCUGCUUCUGGAUGUCCCUAAAACACCUAGUGGUACUCUCCUCUCUGUGUAGUCUUAUAUCUGGAUACUCUGAGAGUGAUAGAGUGCGUGACUUGAUGACCAGAUAUCCUCUAAUUGAUGGUCAUAAUGACCUAGCUCUCCAGCUGAGGAUAUUACACAACAAUCAGCUGAGCCAAAUUGACCUUCAUAAUGUUAGCAAAGUGGCCACCGACAUCACCCGUCUCCAUGCAGGCCAUGUGCAGGCACAGAUGUUUGCAGUCUAUGUGAUGUGUGGGGCCCAGGAGAAGGAUGCUGUGAGGCUGACUCUGGAACAAAUAGAUGUAGUCAGACGCAUGUGCACUGAGUACCAGGACUUUGAGCUGGUCACAUCUGUCCAGGAACUAACGAAUACUGAGAUGAGGCAUAAGAUAGGCUGCCUAAUAAGUAUUGAGGGGGGCCACUCUAUUGACAGCAGCCUGCCAGCCCUGCGGAUGUUUUACCAGCUUGGGGUCCGCUCCAUGGCCCUCACACAUAACUGCAACACACCCUGGGCUGAAUCAUCCUCAAAACUUUAUAAUUUCUAUCAAAGACAGAACAACAGCCUCACACACUUUGGGAAGGCCGUGGUGGAGGAAAUGAACAGACUGGGAAUGAUAGUGGACCUUUCCCACACUUCUUGGGACACGGCCUCGGCAGUGCUGAAGCAUUCUAAGGCUCCUGUAAUUUUUAGCCAUUCAUCUUCCUACUCCAUCUGUAACCACCACCGCAAUGUACCUGACUGGAUGCUGCACCAGCUGAAAAAGAACCACGGAUUGAUCAUGGUGAAUCUCCACAGCCAUUUUAUUUCCUGCAGGGAAGAAGCCAACAUAUCUCAUGUGGCUGACCAUUUUGAUCACAUUAAGAAGGUGAUUGGAGCUGAGUCGAUAGGAAUUGGAGGGGACUUUGAAGGUGCUGUGAGAUUCCCGCAGGGGUUAGAGGAUGUGUCAAAGUAUCCUGCCCUAAUACAGGAACUCCUGCAUAGGAACUGGACAGAGAAUGACUUGGCUUAUGUCCUUCGAGGGAACUUCCUGCGAGUGUUCCAGGAGGUUGAGAGGGUCCGUGAUCAGUUGCAUUCCAACCUGCCCAGUGAGGUCCAAAUCCCCUUAAAGGAUGUGCAGAACCCAUGCAGGCUGGUCCUCAGACCUCCUGACCAAAGACAGCUGCCCUCUGACCGGAAUUCCUCCUCCAGAGCCCAACAUGGACCAAAAGGUCUGCUAAUCCUGGCUAUAGUUCUGCUGCUUUCCAGCAUAUUUAUGAUUGAAUGAAUAUUUAAAAAGGUAAUUUAAAUGCCAACCUCUGUAUAUACUGUAGGCCUAUAUGCUAUACAUAUAAAUUGGAAUACACAGAACACCAGUUCUAUGAAAGGCACUUUGGCAUUUAUUUUGGAAUUUAUUGAUUAGAUUUGUAAGAUGUUGUUGAAGUUUUUAUUUUAUUGUGAGCUUUGGCCAAAGAGAAAACUGCCUUUGUUUCUUCUCAUUUCAGUAUUUUCACAUAGAAAUAACUGAAACAAAAACCUUCCUUGUUAAGAUUCCCAUUCAACACUGUAUUGGCAAGUUGCCUCUUAAAGCGUGUAUUCUGACAAAAUGUAUAUUUUGAUUGCUGGCAAGUGACUAUGUUCAAGUUCAAUUUUAACCUAUGUGAAGUGUCUUUGAGUUCCUUGAAACUUGCUCUAUAAAUAAAAUGUAUUAUUAUGAUGAUGAU